AGAGCCGCCGAGUAUCGACGAAAGCGUCCGAAAACCUCGGACCUCGAGCCUGCGCCGCCGGCGCCGCUGUGGCUGCGGCGUGUCUGGCGGCGGGGGGCCGCCGGGGCCAUGGCGGCGCUGCCGGCAGCCGCCCAGCGCGGAGGCGCGCCGUCGUCUGGAGAGGAUCCCUCGGGUAUGCCGUCGGCGAGUUCGACGGCCAGGUGCCAGCAGCCCCGGAGGAAGACCGGCGACGUCGUCGGGCACGACUGGAGCAAGCUGGUCAUUCGGCAGGCGGAUUCGGACAGGAUGCUGGAAGAGCUGCAGGCAGGCAACUGCAUUUGUGAGGACAUGGACGACAUCCCGGGGGACACCUACAAACACCCGCUCAGCCGCCUGCACUACGAGCAGCUGGACCGGCAGCGGCCACGUGGCCCCGAACUGGCGGGCCCCUCGGAGGCGCCCCACCUGCGCCUGCGCACCCUGCGGGCCGAGACCGCUACGUCGGGCGAAGCCCUUGACCGCUGCCUCCGCAGGAACGCUUUGGCAGGAGAUCUAGGACCGCUUCAUCCUCUUUGCGCCUCUUGCCUUCACCCUUUUUGAUGGUAUUGCCACGGGAGCAGAGCAAAAGAGGCAUGGGACAGGCUUCCAGGUCAUUGCAUGGGCGCCUUCUCUCCAGAAGCCACAUCUGCCAGCCUUGGCUUCUUUGCAUGCCGCAAACGGCGAAACAUUAUGGAGAAUCAUUGUUUUUCCGCUCAGGGAUGAUUUGCGUCCGAUGGUCAUGUGAAGUGGUUGGGUGUGGUUAGCAUAGUUGGUGGCACGAGCUGGCCCUAGCUAUAGAUUUUCAUUGUCGGAGGACGAUCGACUUUUGCCUGAAUGAAGGGCGGCUCGGUGAAGCAUCAAUGACGGGGUCAGGGAAUAUCUCCUUCUGCUUAUAUACAACUAAUUUUUGUAAUUCAUAACCAUAUCUGUAUAUACACGUCAAGAUCUCCAGUGCUAGAGCGCCACCUUCGCUGCCAGAGUCAGCGUGCUGGCGCCGAUGUUGAGAAUAAUUGGGGGUGGCUGUCCUCUUUCUUUUUUCCCGUCCUCUCCC